AUGAGCACCCAGACAGUGGCAAGGCCCAUCUUCGCAGAGGGCGAGGAUUGCCGGGCGGCUUGGCGGGAGGCACCAGCUGGCUACGAUGCACCUGACGCCCACCUGGAGAUCCUGGGGAAGCCGGUGAUGGAGCGCUGGGAGACCCCCUACAUGCACUCGCUGGCAGCUGUGGCCGCGUCGAGGGGUGGCUGCGUGCUGGAGGUGGGCUUCGGCAUGGCCAUCGCCGCCACCAAGGUGGAGGAGUUUGACAUUGAGGAGCACUGGAUCAUCGAGUGCAACGAGGGAGUUUUCCAGCGGCUGGAGGAGUGGGCCAGGACACAGCCGCACAAGGUUGUGCCCCUGAAGGGGCUGUGGGAGGACGUGAUACCGACGCUGCCGGAUGGGCACUUCAGGGGGAUCCUGUAUGACACCUACCCGCUGUCGCAGGAGAGCUGGCACACGCAUCAGUUCACCUUCAUCAAGGACCAUGCCUUCCGCUUGCUGCAGCCCGGCGGGGUCCUCACCUACUGCAACCUGACCUCCUGGGGGGAGCUGCUGAAGACCAAGUACACCGACAUCGAGAAGAUGUUUGAGGAGACCCAGGUAGGGCAACUGGUGGAGGCCGGGUUCAAGAAGGAGAACAUCAGCACAACGGUGAUGGACCUGGUCCCCCCCAAGGACUGCAGGUACUACUCCUUCCACAAGAUGAUCACACCCACCAUUGUUAAGCAGUGA